CGUAAACAGUGCAGUGACUGCUCCAGCUCGCCUUGGAGUAGUUGCCGUAGCUGCUAUUUAAAUUUGAAAGUUUUUCGGCAACAUUUAGGUACCUGUUUUGGCUUUUAAGCUAUGAGAUAGCCUGGUUGAUUUUGAUGCAUGGUUUAUCACGAUUUAUACAGAUGAAAACAUUUAAGAUGGCUGAAGCAGAGGAGGAGAUGGAAGCAAACAAUCUGCAUGAGGAGCCAACAAUAGACGAUUUUGAAAUACUCAAACCAAUUAGCAGAGGAGCAUUUGGAAAGGUGUUCCUUGGCUACAAAAAGGGACAUCCAGAACUGCUGUUUGCUAUCAAGACUGUGAAAAAGUCUGAGAUGGUCAACAAGAAUAUGAUGGAGCAAGUGGUGACCGAGCGUGACGCGCUGGCCCUCCAGAGGAGUCCGUUCUGCGUACAGAUCUUCUACUCGCUGCAGUCAGCCAACAGCAUCUACCUGGUGAUGGAGUAUCUGAUAGGUGGAGAUCUGAAGUCCCUGCUGGCCAUAUGCGGCUGUUUCGAGGAGUCCAUGGCUGCCUUCUAUGUCGCCGAGGUGGCGCUGGCGCUGGACUACCUACACUCGCACCAGAUUAUCCACCGGGAUAUAAAGCCGGACAACAUGCUUCUCACAGCGCAGGGUCACGUCAAACUGACCGACUUUGGACUGAGCAAAAUCAACGCGCACAAAGAGAUCUCCGUGAUGGACCUGUUACGGAGCACGCCGACCGUGGUCCGUACCAACCUGCUGCGGACGCCCGGGCAGCUGCUGUCUCUCACCUCCCACCUCUCAUUUAACUCUGAGGCCAGCUCGAUGGAGGUGGGCUGCUGCGACACGGUGGACGGCGGCUCCCUGGCCGCCCUGGACGCCGGCUCCUACUGCGGUGUCGGUCACCACACCAGCGGCCUCCCCGCCGACUCCAGCACCACUCCGCCUCCCAUCGCCCGGCUCACCCCGCGGCUGGGAGCCGGCUCCGACUGCGGCCUGCCGGCGCCCACCGCGCCGCUGGGCCUGCUCACCUCCACCCCCGAGGGACGGCCGCCCACCCGGCGCGGCUACCACCGACCCACCCCCGACCCGCAGCCGCCGGCCGACCCCUUCCUCCGGCCACUCAAAAGGAGCCGAAUCGACUCGGGAGGAAGCCCCCGGCGGACCGGCCUCACGGCCGACCUGGGCCGGGUGCAUCUGUCCGGUCCGGCGCCCUCCAAACUGAGUCGGAUGGCCGCGCCACCGGCACCCGCCAGCCGGCCGCCGCUGAGGACCGUGUGCUUCAACUCUCUGGCACAGACGCCGCCGCGGCGGGGCGGGCCGGCCGUGCGCCGUCCUUGCAGUCUGGGCUCGCCCAUGGAGGUGUCCUUCGACAAGGUGACACGCAGCACGCCGGCCACGCCUGCUGGGACGGCGCGCACCACCUCCAUCCCCGCCACACCGCGCACGCCAUUCCGCACGCCCAAGUCAGUGGCGCGCGGCCGGCGACCCACCGUCGAGUCUCGCAUUAUCGGCACACCCGACUACUUAGCUCCGGAGCUGCUACUGCGGCUCGGCCACGGCGCUCCUGUGGACUGGUGGGCACUCGGGGUGUGUCUGUUUGAGUUCAUGGCCGGCAUACCGCCCUUCAACGACGAGACGCCAGAGGCAGUCUUCCAGAACAUCCUCAAACGGGACAUCCCCUGGCCGGAGGAGGAUGAGAGCUUCUCCCCCGCGGCCGGCUCCGCUGUGGACGAGCUGCUCUGUUUCGACCCCUCCGAGCGGCCGGCGCUGGCCCGGCUGCGGGCCAUGCCGCUGUUCUCUGGUCUCGACUGGGAGAGACUGCUGGAGCAGCCCGGGCCGUUCGUACCGGCGCCUGAUGACGCCACAGACACCACCUACUUUGAUCCACGGAAUAAUCUGCAGCACCUGACAGUCUCCAAGUUCGACGCGUAGCGACAGGCCCGAGGUGUCCCCCGCCUGCCGUCGAAGUUCAGUGUCGUGUGAGGAAUGAUAGAGCUUAUACGGACGCGAGUGAGUACGACAUUUAUGUUUUAUCCACUGCUUUUAUUAAUGCGGUAAUGCCGGUGGUUUUUGAGAUUAUACUUGUGUAUCAUUUCUCAGUGCGGAGAGGCCGUGCAGUGCUUCUGUGAAUUCAUCGAACCUUUGAGUUAUCAUUGGGUCUGGAUGUCCUCUUAGACUGUGCGACUGACAGCGUGCUCAUCGCUAUAGCCUACCACUAGUGAUCGCUCAGCGUGUGUGUGUGUCCGUCAUCAGUUUUCAUUAGCAUGGUAAGGGUCCAAUGUGUCCAGUGUGUACAUAAGUGUGUCCACGGGGAGGGCUGGUUUUAUCACAUUGUUGGGCUCUCUGGUAGUCGACAAGAGGGGUGACGAUGCUUGUCUCGGUCAGCCCUGGGUCAAACGCGGUCUUGCAACCUGAGAUUCUGCCGAGGGGAUUUGGAAUGGUACCGUGUUUGCCAGAUGGGUAAUUUGGUCGGUCAUUUGGGUGAAGACUCGGCUAGUUGGAGGCGCGAUGAUGGUUUGCACGUGCCUUUCCAUGUUGUGAAGGGGAGGCUUGUCCAUAACGCGUCUUAUGAAAUGGGCGAGAGCUGCAGAGAUUAUUUUUACGCUUGUUUAAUCCGUUUGUACCAACUUUGUGUACCAGCGUGUGUCUUGCCUCACAAUUUGUAGCGUGUGUCACAACUGAAAACGAUCGAUAUGUGCAUGCUAUUAUAUAUCAUAAUCCUGAAAA